GCUGAUUACACAUGUCACUCGACCCUCAGCCAAUCCCAUGGCCAAAUGAGCCAUUUCGCUAGACCAAUCCGCCGCGUCACCCAGACAACCCACCUGCAGCAGCUCCAGCGCCCGCACUGUAAACAGGCGCCCACCCGUUCUUGCUGCCCCAACCCACACCUCAAUUCAACCUGGACUGGGAAUCAGCUACAUACACCUUUACUUUUGGCUUCUAUUGCUCUGCUCUCUACCUGACCCUACAUGAUCCAUACCACCUCUAUUAAGGGUUUCUUUCCAACUCCAAACGCCAUACGCCAUCAUCGUCAUUCUCGCACGCUGCGACACAUGCAAGACGUCUUCGAGCACCAACCCCUCGAAGCAGACAAACCCUCAACGCACGACUGCUCCAUCAAUCACGCAACCUGCAUGACAGAUACCUCGCCGCGAUAAUCACAGAAACGCCAUCACCAUCAUGGCCGACAGCGCCGAACCACCGUCCUCACCGGGCGGACCAUUGAGCCCAAUGACCCCAGACCGGGCCAACAAAACCCAACAAGCUCGUAACCUAUUUACCUCGCCUCGCAGUAGUCCUGGAGGUCGAGAUAGCUCCGUCCACGAGAAGAUCUCCCAGUUCAACAACCUCGCCAUGCAGUCAAAGACUCUCGAGCGCAAGACCGCCGAUGCCGCCCUCAAGCGCGCCAUGUUGGGUCGCGAGGAGGCCGAGACCGAGCUGCGCAGGUACAAGGACGAGUCCAAGGUCUUGCGCGUUCAGCUUGAAAAGGGGAAAGAGCGAGAGCAGCGCGUGAGCGAGCGUCUCGAGACCGUCAUGGAACAAUACGGUCGCGCAAAAGAAACCUACGCACACACAAAAGCAGCAUGGGAGAAGGAAAUCAAGCUCGCGCGCAAAAAGACAUUUAAGAACGAGUCCCAGAUCAUCAAACUCCAAGAAGAAUUGAAGGCUUCCCGCGAAGGCUGGCGCCUCGCCUCCGACAACCUCGACGCCGAGAAGUUGCGCAACAAGGCCCGCGAGGAAGAAGCGUUCCAAGCUCGCUACCAGAUGGUGGGUAUGGAGCAGGAGCUCGGUGAGGCUCUCGAGCGCAUCAAAAUGCUCGAACAGGAACGCGACGUCUACAAGACCCUCGCCAAGGAGGAAGAGGUCGCCCGCAUCGCCGCCGAAGGCCGCAUCCCCCUGCCCAAGACGGCCAACGCCGCGCCCGACGACGAGUUUGCCUCACCAAAGAAGAAGGGACCGCGCUUCUCUCUUUCCACGGUUGACAUCAUCUCAUCCGCUGCCAGCGAAGGAGAGAUUGAGGAGCUCUCACUUCAGGUAUCAUGGGAGCGUCAACGCGCGGAUCGUGCUCAGGAGCUCGUCGACUUCCUUCAGGCAGAGUGCGAAUUGCGUUGCUGCCCAUGCGCCAAGUCUCACAGGAGAAGAAGCCUCGCCUCUCCGAGACAAAGCCUGGCUUCAAACAGAGCGAGCAUUUUGUCACCCAAGCGCAGACUGAUGCCGCCAGCUGAGAUUGCCGAUGCCAGUGAUCUGGUCCUCCUCCGUGGAGGUAGGGAAUCGUCUCCGUCAUUGAGGGCGUCCUUGAGCCCGCCAGUCGAAGACGCGACCUUCAAGAAGCCGGCUGCCCAUAGGAGAUCCAAGGAAGAGAGGAGAAGCACCAUCUUCUGUGCCCGCGAGGGUAUCUUCCGGACCGUGUCACAGCAAGAAGCCGACGAGAUCGAGGCGCAAGAAGAACGAGGCAGACGACUGAACGAGUCAAGUGAGGAAUCCCCCAACGAACCUCCUACACCACACGACGCUCCAGAGAGAUACUCGCGGACGCCCUCCCUCGAGCCCCCAGACUUUGCUGUUCUUGCUCAAGAACGUAUGUCUCUAGCAUCACUACUCAAUGCACCCCACGGCGGUGCCCACGGUGAAGUUCACACCGCACCUCUCCCUUCAAUCCCGACCAUGCCCGACACUGAGGAACGUCCGGCAUCCCGCUCCUCAAGAGGUCCCUCGUCAUCGCUCGACGAUACACUUCGACCCCACACCUCCGCAGCUUUCUACACCAAGACGACGACGACAACCGUCCCCGUACGCGACGACAAGCCCCGACCCCAGCCUAGGUUUGAGCGUGCCCGCACACCAUCUGGCGGUGACUGCCAAAUGUCCUUUGAUAUCAACAACCCCGCCAUGACGCCGACCAUGACCCGCGAGGAGGCCCUUGCUCGUAUCCGCGAACGUCGUGGACGCGCCAAGUCCAUCGCGCAAGGCACCGCGACACCCCGCAAGAAGAUGAUUGAGGGUGCCGGCGAGCGGCGAGAUGUUAGCGCCCCCGCCGGCCAGACGGUUCCCAAGGCCAAGGCAUAGAGUCCCUUUCGGUCCGAGACGGCCUUGUCCACCAUUGACCGUAAGGUGUGGCGGAACAUGUCCCUUGAGGGCAUUGAAGCACCACUGGCAGAUUCUUACAAUCCGGUCGAUCCGCAGACAGUUCAGUCGCAUAACGAGGGCAUGCGACAUCGCCUAUGGAAGCUCACCCGGGACUCUCUCUCUCGUGGCUCGUUUGGAUGGUUGACAGGUGUAUGAAGAAUCAGACGUGUGCACAAAAAGCAGGGCGUUUACGGUGGUCCACUAGGAAAGCUCGGGAGCUUCCAGGAGUUCUAUUUUGGAGAGGAGUUUUUGUUCAUUCAUCCGGCCUGUUUUUCAUCUCAUCCUUUCCUCUCUGACC